AUGCCCAUGAAGCUCCAUCACGCGCGGCCGAUUUGCCGCGCUCCGAAUUGCUUCUCUCCCUCGGUCCUUCUGUACCAGUAUUUUAUCUCCCCAUACAAUGCCGCCCACCAGCAGCGCUUUUCUUCGUCUGCGCCCUCACCCGAAGCAGCUGAGGAUGGGCCGUCCAACAGGUCCUCGGAAAGCCCGGAUCAUACAGUGGCAACCAUAGCGGCUCAAGCGAUACCUAGUUCCCCUGCACAAACGAAGAUCCGAUUCCACGACAACAAGGAAAUUCUAAGACGUAAGACGCCGCGGGAGUUGGUGGACGCUGCGGGAACGAAGGCAAAGCCCCCGAACCUGGUGAAGAAGGGCGCCCGUCCGUUGAACGCCUACAACUCCGAAAAAAAUGUCGAGCAGCUGCUGCUGAAGGCCAAACUUGCUGUCGAUGAUGGUGAAGAGUACAGAGGGGAACUUGUAAAACCCUUUGCAUCGCCUGUAUUCAUUCCGGAGCAAAUGUUCCCCUGGUCUGCGAAAUCUUCGCAGUCAAAUUUAGACGCCAUGUCCAGGUAUGGAAUCACUGUGUCACUAAAGAGCUUUGCUGAUGGCGGUGCUUACAGGCUCAAUCGGGAGAUUAACGACUUCUACGAGUACGCGAAACCUAGUCGAGCAGAAUUGUUUGCGCGGAAAAACGUCGUUGAGCAGAUUCGCGCCGAUGUGCGCCAGCGCCUACCGCACCACAUCCUCGAAGUGUUUGGUUCCGAGCGAACAGGGUUGGCGCUCGCACUUUCCGACAUUGAUCUUCGACUCGUCAACCGCAGAGACUUGCAUCAAAAAUCGGACAAGCCACCGACACCUGAGCAGCGGAAGAGUCUGUUGAAGGACUUAUACAAUCUCCGCUACAGGGUUUUUGGUGACAGAAGCCGUAAAUAUAUCAUGCCGGUGCUGCGGCACUCCCGGUAUCCCUUGAUCAGUUUGCUGGAUCGUGGUUCGGGUCUCGACGUACAGAUCGUGUCGUCCAACAGUACGACUAGGCAGAGAGAAUUCAUACAGCGAUACAUGAAUGAAUACCCCUACCUUCGACAAACAUAUGCGGUAAUCAAGACCAUGUUCGACCAACGCGGGUUUUCAGACGUCUUCCGAGGAGGUUUUGGAUCAUACCCUCUCUUCAUGAUGAUAGUCGCAAGCCUGCAGAACGAAGCAAACCAGCGGAGAGAUGCCGCUGGCGCUCUUGUGAACUUCCUGUACUUCUGGGCGAACUUCAAGACCCACGAGCACGGAGUCUCGAUUGCUCCCCCCGAGUACUUCGACAAGAAAGAGAAUCCAAUUCUCACCGACACCUUGAAGUCGAAGCUGAGCUCUCGAGCCUCGAAGCGUAAACCAGACUACAUACUCACCCUGCGCGACCCCGCCGACGAAACGAACGACUUGGGCUACAAAGGCUCGGUCAUCCUACAUCUCCAAUACACCCUCCGUCACCUCACAGCCCGCAUGAUCACGAACCUCAACGCAAACAACAGACCUAGCCUUUUGGCCCCGCUAGUAGGCGAAGUGUACGGCCGGGACCGCCAUCGACGCGAACACCUCGCCGCACACGGCUCCCGGAUACAGCAGCAGGUCGAGAAGUCUCUUGCCGCAGCCGCAGCCGCAAGGAACACCCACACGGAAAAGCACGAUGCAACGUCCACGCAACAGACGGCACAGGAAGACCCCACGGCGCAGCUAGAAACCGACGUCCACGGCUUCCUAGCCGACAACACAGACUCUCCAACCGACCCCCCUCACUCCCAGCAGCAAGACCGCAUCCCCAUUGGAUCCAAAGUCUCCAUCGCAUACAAACAAACCAACCAACGUGGAAUGUUCUUCACCGCCCCCAACGGGACGCCUGCCAAAGAUGUCACGCCUGCACAUUCUCCGGCCGACGUGCAGGCGCAAGUCGAAGAUGUACACGAGACCAGGACGCAUGGUGCGCAGCAGGAGACAGGCCGGUUGCCGAAGGUGGACACUUAG